AUGUCGUACAUGAGCACGCUCUUGAUUGCCAACCGUGGUGAGAUCGCUGGACGAAUAAUCCGGACGGCCAAACGUCUCGGAAUCCGCACGAUCGCAAUUUACACCGAGCCCGACUCGGCAGCCCAGCACGUGGCACAAUCAGACGAAGCCCAUCUGCUCGAGGGUGAUGCCACAUUAGCUUAUCUAGACGGAGACCAAAUCAUCGCCAUAGCCAAAGCCACAGGUGCUCAGGCAAUUAUUCCCGGUUAUGGAUUCCUGUCGGAAAACAUGUCCUUUGCGCGUGAUGUGGCAAGUAACGGGAUCUUAUUUGUGGGCCCCGACCCUGGGAGCAUCGAGUGCUUUGGGCUGAAGCACCGGGCGCGGGACUUGGCUGUUUCCGCGGGAGUUCCAGUCGUGCCGGGGACGGAGGGUUUGUUGGGGAGUGAGGAAGAGGCUAUUCAAGCGGCGGGAGGGCUGGGUUAUCCGGUAAUGCUCAAAGCUACUGCAGGCGGAGGCGGUAUGGGUCUCCUCACUUGCUCCGAUGAGGACGAAGUCAGAAACGCAUUCAAGACGGUUCAAUCGCGUGGCGAAGCGCUCUUCAAGAACGCAGGGCUCUUCAUGGAGCGGUACUACCCCUCUAGCCAUCACAUCGAAGUGCAGGUUUUCGGCAACGGCCAGGGGAAGGUCAUUUCCCUGGGCGAGCGGGAGUGUUCUAUUCAACGACGGCAUCAGAAAGUGAUGGAAGAAUGUCCCAGCCCGUUGGUGGAAUUGAAGAAGCCCGGGCUCAGAAAGGAGCUGACGUCUGCUGCUGUACGACUCGCGGAAUCGGUGAAUUAUGCGUCAGCGGGGACUAUUGAGUACCUAGUCGACGACGAGACUGGCAACUUCUUUUUCCUGGAGAUGAACACCCGGCUGCAAGUCGAGCACGGGAUUACGGAAAUGUGCUACGAUGUCGAUAUCGUCGAGCUCAUGCUGCGGCAAGCCGACGCCCAGAUUCCUGGAAAGGGUGGACUAACGGCAACUGAACUCGAUGAUCUUCAAGCUCGAUGUCUCGAGCCAAAAGGCCACGCAAUCGAGGUGCGGGUGUACGCUGAGAAUCCCGUUCGGAACUACGCGCCCUCCCCCGGUCUACUGCAGGAGGUGAGGUGGCAUGAGAUCCCGUCAGGGACGACUCGGAUUGAUACCUGGGUUCAAGCCGGGAUCACAGUUAGUUCGAACUACGAUCCACUGCUGGCCAAGGUUAUGCACCAUGCCCCGACUCGACAGCAAACAGUAGAAGAGCUGGCGGAAAUCGUCGGGAAAAGCUCUAUUUGCGGACCGCCUACUAAUCUGGACUUUUUACAUGCCAUCACACAAGACGAGAAAUUCAGGGUUGGGGACACGAUUACGAAAUAUCUCGACACCUUCGAGUUUGCGCCGCCGGCUAUUGAUGUCCUGUCAGGGGGUUCCUACACUCUGAUUCAGGACUUCCCCGGCCGACCGACUAUCGGAAGGGGUUUCGGCCACGCUGGACCCAUGGACCCCGUGGCUUUCCAGAUCGCGAAUGCGCUCGUUGGAAAUCCGCUGGGGAAGGAAGGAUUAGAAAUCACACUUACCGGUCCAGACCUCCUAUUCCUAGGGGAUGCCAUAGUGGCUUUGUGCGGUGCCCCUAUCCAAGCUACGCUGGACUGCGACGAAAUUUCUAUGUGGAGCCAGACAUCCAUCAAAGCAGGCCAACGCCUCAGCGUCGGCAAGACGCUUUCGAAUUCCGGUUGUCGAUCUUACUUGGCUGUCUACGGCGGGUUCUUGAACGUAGCCGAAUGGUUUGGCUCCAAGGCGACGUGUCCCAUGGUUCAGGUGGGCGGUUACCAAGGCCGCCAACUGCGGUCUGGUGACUUGCUCAAGAUUGCUUCGGCGAAUGUCCUGCCAAAAGUCACAAGUGGAGUUGUCAUGCCUGCAACAGCUAUCCCCCAGUACUCCGCGCACUGGGACGUCCAAGUCAUGCCAGGCCCAUACGAAGACGGCUACCUCCUGGACGAGCACGUCGACACCUUCUACGACACUACCUUCGAAGUAUCCCACAACGCCGCCCGCGGCGGGAUCCGACUGAUCGGACCCAAACCAAAGUGGGCGAGAGCGGAUGGGGGAGAUGGAGGAGCGCAUCCGAGUAAUGUGAUCGAGUACGGAUACCCGAUGGGCGGGUUGAACUGGACCGGAGACGAACCGGUCAUCUUCCCCGUGGACUGUCCUGAUUUUGGGGGGUUCGUGUGCAGUCUGACAGUUGUCAAGGCGGAUUACUGGAAGGUGGGACAGAUGUGCGCGGGUAACACGGUUAAAUUCCAUCGCGUUAGCUUGGAACAUGCGCUGAAGUGCCGUCGGGCUCACGACGACUUUAUCGACAGAGUGGCCAAAGCUGUAUGUAAGGGGACUUUCGAUGCGGUGACUCCGUUUGCUAGUCACAGCAUUGCAAAGCCUGCAGGUGCACGCAGCCAGGAAGUCGUGAAGGUCCUCAAGGAGACAUCAUCCCGACCCCUAGUAUCCUACCGCCAAGGAGCCGAUGACUACCUCCUCGUUGACUACGGCUACGGAUCCUUCGACCUGAACCACAAAUGCCGCACCACAGCGCUCAAUCGCGCCCUCCGCUCCCACGCCACAGGCAAAUUCUCUUUUACCAAAGACGGAGGUCUCCUCAGUACCGUCGGCUGUGGCAACUCCCUCAUGAUCUACUACAACGGCCUCCUCAUUCCACAAGCCGAACUCCUAUCCCACCUCAUCACGCUCGAAGCCAAAUUAGGAGAUCUCUCUUUCGCCAUCCUGGCCAACCGAAUCUUCCACCUGCCCCUGACCUUCACCCACCGCAAACUCACCGAGUCCAUCGAGCGAUACAUGGCCAACCAGCGCCCCUACGCCUCAUACUUACCAGACACCUUCAAGUUCGUCGCCGAUAACAACGGCAUUUCCGUGUCCCGGCUCAAAGAAAUCUACCUAGAAGCCGAAUUCGUGGUCAUCGGCGUCGGCUUCUUCAUGGCCCUCCCCGAAGCCUUACCAGCCGACCCGCGACAUAGACUCAACGCACCCAAGAUGAACCCCUCACGGACGUUCACACCCGAGGGCACCGCCUCGUGGGGCGGAUCUUGCCUAGCGGUUUAUCCUGUGGAUUCACCGGGGGGUUACAUGCCGACGGGGAUGACUAUCCCGGGGGUGGAUGUGCUGGGGUACAAGAGCGGAUUUAGUCCCGCUCAACCGUGGUUAUUUGAGGAUAUGGACGUGAUUCGGUUUUACGAGGUGACUGAGGCGGAGUAUGAUGGGGAGAUGGCCUUGUUCCGGAGUGGGAGGUACGAGUACCGGAUUGAGGAGUCGGGCUUUGAUAUGCGGGAGCACAAUAGGUUGUUGGAGGCGACGAGGGAGGAGGUCCAGGGGAUGAGGGAGAGGCAGGGGAGGGUGCAGGGGGAGAUGGUGAGGCUGGAGCAGGAGUUGUUGGACCGGUGGGCGGAGGAGAAGAAGGAGGGGAAGGUUUCGAUGGAUUACGUACAGGCGCUGUUGGAUGACCCAAAUAUCGAAGCCAUCGAGGCACCCGUCAACGCCAAUGUCUGGAAAGUCCUGGUGUCCGAAGGCGAGACACUGAAAAAGCACCACGUCGUGACCAUCCUCGAAGCCAUGAAGAUGGAGAUCAACGUGCUGGCCGAUGAUCGGAUGGUGGGUUCCACCGUGGAAAAGGUCUUGAUUGCGCCCAAUGACAUUGUGCAGAGCGGGAAGCCGCUUGUGCUUGUUCGGCGAUGA